UGAUAUUUUACUAUCUUUAUAUGUGUUUGACUGUAGCUUCUCUAAAACAAUCUUGCCGUCUCAUAAUAAUUUCGUAUUGGAAAACACAAAAUUAUCAUUUCAGUCCUCUCUCUCUCUCUGUUUCUCUCUGCAGAAUGCAGCUUCUUCCAUCAAAAACCAUCCAUUUAUUCCUAUACACUUGCUUAUUCUUGAUCUUUCAAAGCCCCAUUAGGGCCCAAGUCGUUCACCCCUGUCAGUCUAAAGGCAAUUAUACUGACGGUAGCAAAUAUGGAACGAAUCUCAACCUCCUCCUCCAAUCUCUACAUACCAAAACUCCCACCAACGGCUACUACAACACCUCCUCUGGCGUAGACCCUGAUCGUGUCUAUGGCCUCGCCCAAUGCCGAAGUGACGUUUCAUCUGAUUCCUGCCGAGAAUGCUUAAAAACUUCAAUGGACGAGAUUAUCCGACGCUGUCCCAACAAGAAGGAAGGGUUCAUAAGAUACGACGAGUGCCUCCUACGUUACUCAAACCAGAGCUUCUUUUCUCAACCUGAUAUUGCCCCAGAGUAUUCCAUUCCAAAUCGAAAUAGUGCACAGGAUCCAGAUCUUUUCAAUCAACAAGUAGGAGUGUUGAUGAACAAUCUGUCCUCUACAGAGCUGUCUCCUUCCAUGUUUGUAGCCAGCUCAGUGAAUGCUCCUGACUUUCAAAUAUACGGAUCCGUUGAGUGUGUUCGAGAUAUAUCAAGUAAGGAUUGCCAUUCAUGUCUGCUAUCGAUGAUCAACUGGAUUCAGAAUUGUUGUAGAGGAAAAUUGGGAGCGCGGGUUUUGUCUCUGAGUUGUUAUAUAAGAUAUGAGGUAUAUCCCUUCAUUCAAGCCAGGUCACCUCCACUGCCUGUUGCAACUCCUACAGUUCCUCCUACAGUUCUUGCUCCAUCCACGCCGCCACUGCCAGGAAACAAAUCAAGGGUUAUAAUCAUCGCCAUUGUUACCUCGGUUUUCAUAUUGGCUCUCUGUAGUUCUUGCAUUUGCUUGUAUUUACGAAGAAGAAAGAGACCAAUUGAAGAGAAAGAAGAAGAUCAUGCCUUAUCACAUUAUUUGGGGAAUCAUGAUGGUUCGGAAAUCAUCAAUGCUAGUAUGCAAGGUGAUCAAGUUCCAGAAUUGUCAAUCAUGAACUUUGCUACAAUAGAAGCUUCUACAAAUAACUUCUCUAAUGAAAAUAAACUCGGAGAAGGUGGAUUUGGACCUGUAUAUAAGGGAACGUUAUUUGAUGGGAGGGAAAUAGCAGUUAAAAGGCUAUCAAGGAGCUCAGGGCAAGGACUGGAGGAAUUCAAGAAUGAAGUCACAUUGAUUGCCAAACUCCAACAUAGGAACCUUGUGAGGCUCUUGUAUUGUUGCAUUGAGAGAGGAGAGAAAUUGCUCAUCUAUGAAUACAUGCCAAACACCAGCCUCGAUGCCUUCCUCUUUGAUUCAGUCAAGUGUGCUCAAUUAGGAUGGGAAAGACGCCAUAACAUUGUAAGUGGAAUUGCAAAGGGCCUUGUUUAUCUCCAUGAAGACUCGAGACUCAGAAUCAUUCACAGGGAUCUAAAAGCAAGCAAUGUUUUAUUAGACCAUGAGAUGAACCCGAAGAUUUCUGACUUUGGCAUGGCUCGAUUUUUAAGUGGAAAUCAAAGUGAGUUCAAUACCAAUAAAGUCGUUGGAACAUAUGUCUACAUGGCACCAGAGUACGCAAUGGGAGGGUUAUUCUCUGUGAAAUCUGAUGUCUACAGCUUUGGAGUUCUACUACUAGAGAUCAUAAGUGGAAGAAGGAACAUGAGUCUCCAUCUCCCUGAAGACGCUCAGAGCCUUCUAACUUACGCAUGGAGAUUGUGGUGUAGCGGAAGAGCAACAAAGUUGAUUGAUCCUCUAUUAAUAGAGUCAUGUCCCACCAACAAAGUGAUUAGAUGGAUUCAUAUUGGGUUGUUAUGUGUUCAACAAGAUGCAGCGGAUAGGCCCACAAUGUCUUCGGUCAUUUUCAUGCUCGAAACUGAAUCUAUGAAACUUCCUCAACCUAAAAAACCAGUAUUUUUCAUCGAAAGGGCUAUUGUUGAAUCAGAUAAAUCUUCUGCAAGUGCUAAAUUUUCUUCUAAAACUGAUGUAACUAUCAAAAUCUGCUCUAACAAUGAUGUAACUAUCUCAGCUCUUGAAACCCGGUGAGUGGGCCCAACCAAGGGGUCAACCUCAUCCUCUGAUUAGUUUGAAUCAAAGCAAUACCAUGG